UUUCUCCUCCUCUUUACAUUGUGAGUAGUAUUUUACAGCUUCUCAAAUGGCGACUUCCUCUCCGCCUAAACCUUCCACCAAUUCCAUAAAUUACCUUUCUCCUAAUUACCCAUCUCGUCUUUCAACCAAAAAACCCAACCUCGUCAACUUUUCAACAACCCAUUCCGUAUUUCAAUCCAAAUGGAGGAUUCAGCUGGGGUUUGAUCGGUUACGAGUGGCCGGAGAGAGAAGAGCAUCGGCGGCGGUGGUUCGCUGCACGGCGGAGGGGAUCGAGAGAAGCAUUCCCUUUGGCCGGAGAUCAAUCGGAUCCACCGCUGAAGACCGAGCCGCUGCCGCUGGAAUUGGAUUCGGCUUGCCGGAGAGGUUUAAAGUUGUUGCGUUAACAGCAUUCGUCAUGUGUCUUUGUAAUGCUGAUAGAGUUGUUAUGUCGGUUGCGAUUGUUCCUCUUGCUGCUAAAUAUGGCUGGUCUAGUUCCUUCCUCGGCAUCGUUCAGUCAUCAUUUCUAUGGGGAUACAUAUUCUCAUCGGUGGUUGGAGGAGCAUUGGUUGACAGAUAUGGAGGAAAACGAGUGAUGGCUUGGGGAGUGGCCCUUUGGUCUCUUGCUACUCUUCUUACUCCUUUGGCCGCCAACCACUCAACAACCAGUCUCUUGGCCGUUCGUGCUUUCUUUGGACUUGCUGAAGGUGUUGCUUUGCCAUCUAUGAGUACCCUCUUGUCAAGGUGGUUUCCGAGCCAUGAACGAGCAAGGGCAGUUGGGAUGUCAAUGGCUGGUUUUCAUCUUGGCAAUGUUGUAGGAUUGCUAUUAACCCCCAUCAUGCUAUCGUCCAUUGGAGUCACCGGCCCGUUCUUGUUAUUCUCAUCACUUGGACUUGUCUGGUUGAUGUCUUGGAUUCCGGGAGUCACGAAUAACCCCAGAGAGAGUCAAAAUAUCAGCACAUUGGAGUUGAGAUUAAUCGAAGCUGGGAAAGUCGAUUCUUCUCAUCAUAAUGCCACGCACCUACCUCUUAGCCGCCUUCUGUCCAAGUUGCCAACAUGGGCUAUUAUAUUCGCCAAUAUGACUAAUAAUUGGGGAUAUUUUGUUCUUCUCUCAUGGAUGCCAGUUUACUUCAAGACUGUGUUUAAUGUGAACUUGAAACAAGCGGCCUGGUUUAGCGCCAUUCCGUGGGGAACAAUGGCAGUUUCUGGCUACUUUGCGGGCACUACGUCUGAUGCUCUAAUCAAAUCAGGCUACCCUGUGACAUUAGUCAGGAAGAUAAUGCAGUCAAUUGGCUUCAUCGGACCCGGAUUAGCAUUACUUUGUUUGAAUUUUGCGACGACACCAACAGUUGCAGCAGUUUUGAUGACAGUAGCAUUGAGCUUGAGCUCAUUUAGCCAAGCCGGCUUUCUCCUUAAUAUGCAAGACAUAGCGCCUCAACAUGCAGGUUUUCUCCAUGGAAUCUCAAACUCAGCAGGGACAUUAGCAGCAAUUGUGAGCACAAUUGGAACAGGCUAUUUUGUACAAUGGCUUGGAUCCUUCCAGGCAUUCUUGACAGUUACAGCAAUGAUUUACUUCAUGGCAGCUAUUUUCUGGAAUGUGUUUGCUACCGGGGAGCAAGUCUUUUAGGCUCAUACGUUUCUGAAUUCAGAAGGGCCCCUUCAGUUCAAAGUGAACCAUAUUUUUAGCUGCUGAAACCUGUGUGGAAUGGGAAGAGGAGAGAUUAAUAUGGGUGGAGCCAUUUUGAUAUAUAUAUAUUUUUUCUUUUCUUUUAUAAGUUAGAAUUAAGUUGUUUAUUCUUUGUUCCUGGGGUUAAUGUACCCCAUCUUUUUGCCUUUUUUUUUUUUUUAAUAUUAAAAAAAUCUGUUUACUCUACUCUCAUUGUAAGUUAAAGUUAAUUGGAUUUAGAUGUGAAUAAAAUACCGCACUCCUUCAUGAA